AAAAAGGAAAGAAAAGGUAUGAAGUGUUUCGUCUUUUAUAAGAAAAAAAAAAAAAACAAACAAAACGAAAAAAGCGUUUGGGAGUUGGCAGGCAAGGACGAGGCGUAGCAGAGGCGGUUUGGGCAUGAUUUUGUUAUGAGGUGCAAUAAAGCAAAAGAAAAGGCACGGGUUGACUAGGCGGAUUCAUUUUUUAGCGAGAAGAUUAACUCUCACUGAAGGAGAGGACGGAACAGCUCUCUUCAAACAUGUUGGGGCCGGAAAGGGGAAGGAAGAUGCUAGCCAGCCAGAGAAAAGGAAGAGAUCCAUUGGAGCCGCAAGGUUGACAUUAGCAAUCGAAUCUUCAAGAGUUUGUGAAAUCAUUUUGAGUUCUCAAGCUGGAUUUGCUUCAGAGUGCUGGUGAUUGUUGUACUCAUUAAAGCUUAGAAGCUAUGGUUCUAGGCACGAGAGGAAAGAACAGAAGAGGUGUCACAGUUGAAAUUGAUUUCCUGAUUCACAUUCAGGAGAUUAAACCUUGGCCCCCAUCACAAUCUCUAAGAUCCCUGCGAUCCGUGUUGAUAGAGUGGAAAAAUGGUGAAUGUGCAUCAGGUUCUACUACUCUUGUUGCACCCUCUCUUGGUUCAGUUAUAGGUGAAGGAAGAAUCGAAUUCAACAAGUCAUUUAGGCUACAUGUGACUUUGUUGAGGGAUAUGUCUGUAAGAAGUGGUGAUACUGAUGUGUUCCAAAAGAAUUGUUUGGAGUUCAACUUGUAUGAGCCACGAAGAGAUAGGACUAUUAAGGGUCAGUUGUUGGGAACUGCAGUCAUAGACUUGGCAGAAUAUGGGACACUCAAAGAGUCCUUAAGCACUAGUGUUCCUAUGAACUGCAAGAGGAGUUACAGGAACACAGAACAGCCACUUCUGUUCCUUAAAAUUCAGCCUCUUGAUAUGAAGCGUGCUAGUUCCUCAUCCAAGGACAAUAAUGGUGGUGACUCAGUGUCAACACUCAUGAAUGAAGAAUAUGCUGAAGAAGCUGAAAUUGCCUCUUUUACUGAUGAUGAUGUCUCCUCACAUUCGUCUGCAGCUGCAGUUUCUCCUUCCCUUAACUCCAGAGGGUUUACCCCGCUGAAAUUAGGAAAGAAUGAACCAAUUAGCAACACUAGUGUGAAAACCAUGGAACAUCCCUUGGCCUCGGAAACAAGGCUUGAAAACAUGAAUAUGAUGCAGAAAGAUACACACACGAAGCUUGAGAAGAGUUCUUACAUGUCAUCAUUGGAUGUAUCUUCUAUCAGGAGUCUAGUAAAUAGUCAUGCUUCUAACUCUCCUAUUCACAAUUCAUUGUCAGUUAAAAAGUUUUCCGCCUCACCAAGUGCCAAUACUUCAUCAUCUUCAAUUUUUGAGGAUUUGGACAUAAAUUCUAGGAGCAACACAAGAAGCAGUGGCCAUGAAACUUUGGAUCAGAGUUUUCAAGAAAAGCUUGCUAACUACAGAAAUAUAGUUGCAGAUGUCCGAAGAAACACAAACGGAAGUACUUUUGGGAUUUAUUCAAAACAAACAUCAUCUCAAGAUAGAGCUAAAUUUACUGGCAAAAGUCCUGGCUUUGAAAACUGUGAUGAAACUGAAUAUGGUGAUGAAUAUUUAAUGAAGGAGAGUGGAGGUGAUAAAAUUUGCCAUGGUUCUGUUGAGGACAUAAGUGGAAAUGAAAAAUAUGAUUUGGAUAGGCAAAACUGCAUAGAGGAUGAAAAAAUUGAAGCACAAGAUGCCAAGGAUCAAGCCUCAAUGGAUAGCAAUACAUAUUCUUUUGGAGGGUCAAAUAUUGCUAUGCAGGAAAAUAAUCUCAGAAGUGAAAGACUAAAGAACACCAAGUCUGUGAGGAUACCAGCAGACUCGGCUAGGAAUACUGGUUCUCCUGGUAGCAAUCAUCAUGCUGAAUUACAUGAAAAUGGCAUUCUUGGACAUUCACAAAACAGUGGAGGGAACAGAAGCAAUGAAAGAAGAAAUUCUAAGAUUCAAACAAAGGAAGCAAGAAAUGGUACUUUAGAUGGAAAAGUUGAGCAGUUGGAGAAGAAGAUAAAGAUGCUUGAAGGAGAGUUAAGAGAAGCUGCUGCAGUUGAGUCUGCUUUAUAUUCAGUAGUUUCUGAGCAUGGAAACUCCACAAGUAAAGUUCACGCCCCAGCACGGCGCCUUUCCAGGCUCUAUCUUCAUGCUUGUAAAGAAAAUGUUCAAGGAAGAAGGGCUGGAGCAGCUAAAAGUUCUGUUUCAGGAUUAGUACUUGUUGCAAAGGCAUGUGGAAAUGAUGUCCCGAGGUUGACCUUUUGGCUGUCUAAUGCUAUAGCUUUGAGAACAAUUAUAAGCCGAACCAUCAAAGAUCCUUCAAAUCCUGCAGGAGCUGGUAGGAGAAGGAAAAGUGAUGAGGAGGGGUAUGGUAAGAUAGCAGCUUCCCUAAGGGUGAAGGGGUUAUCCCCCAGAAAAGAUGAAAAUGCAGCUUUGGGAUAUGGAGGUUUUGGUAACUGGGAUGAUCCCCAGGUACUCCUAUUAGCACUGGAAAAGGUGGAAGCAUGGAUCUUUUCUCGCAUUAUAGAAUCUAUCUGGUGGCAGAUUUUGAUUCCACAUAUGCAGCACACAAAGUUCAACAGCAAAGAAGUGGUUUCAGACUCAAGAAAAAGCUACAGACGGACUUCUAGCUCAUGUGAUCAAGAGCAGGGUAACUUGUCUCUAUAUAUUUGGAAGAAUGCUUUUAGGGAAGCCUGUGAAAGGAUCUGUCCUAUUCGAGCUGGAGGGCAUGAGUGUGGCUGUUUGCCUAUGCUUUCUAGAUUGAUAAUGGAGCAAUGUGUUGCGAGAUUAGAUGUGGCUAUGUUCAAUGCUAUUCUUCGCGAAUCUUCUGAUGAAAUACCAACUGAUCCUGUAUCUGAUGCUGUUAGUGAUCCCAAGGUUCUCCCCAUUCCACCUGGGAAAAUAAGCUUUGGAGCCGGUGCACUGCUAAAAACUGUGAUUGGGACCUGGUCAAGAUGGUUGACUGACCUAUUUGGAAUGGAUGAUGAUAAUGAUGAUGAUGAUGACUCAAUUGAAGAUAAAGCUGAAACUGAUAACAAUGAAGAAAAACAAAAUGCAUCCUUGAAGUCCUUCAGUCUUCUCAAUGCUCUAAGUGACCUUCUGAUGCUUCCUAAGGAUAUGCUGUUAAAUGCAUCCAUCAGGAAUGAGGUAUGCCCAAUGCUCAAUGCAACACUUGUCAAGAAGAUUCUGCACAAUUUUGUCCCAGAUGAGUUUUGCCCUGAUCCUGUUCCCUCUGAUGUUUUUGAGGCUCUGGACUCAGAGAAUGAGAUGGAAGAUGGAAAAGAGCUUGUGAACAACUUUCCAUGCAUUGCAGGUCCCAUUGUGUAUUCAUCUCCAACACCAUCUUCCAUUGCAAGCAUUGUGGGGGAGAAGGGAAGCAAAUAUCAUCUAAGAAGAAACAGAUCAUCAAUUGUUAGGAAGUCACACACAAGUGAUGAUGAGUUGGAAGAAUUGAAGUCACCAUUGUCUUCAAUAUUCUUGAGUGCUUCCUCAUCCUCAAAACUUUCAACAAAAUCUACCUUCAAGUUCAAACAAGUUAGCAACCAAUCUCCUCUCAGAUAUGAACUCCUUAGGGAAGUGUGGAUUAACAGUGAGUAAGUAGUCUUCUUCAAGAAACAUUUCUCACUCUUUCAAAAGUGACCUUGUACUUGCUUUUGUAAUUAGAAUUGCAAUUUUAUCUUAAUAAUAACAAAGUUUGCUUUA